CCGGGUUGCGCUCUGGCUGCCGCGGAGCCGCAGGAUGUCCUUCAGAGCUGCCUGGAGCUUGGUGCUGAGCAAAGGAGGACUCGCAACGCGAGGGAUCCACAGCCUAGGAGGCACCGCCCACGGCAAGGAGAAGAUGCCCCACUACACCAACUACCAUGCCCAGCGUUCCUACCCCAUGCCCAAGGAGCCCUUCUGCAUGGAGCUCAGCGCAGAGCAGCGGGCCCUGAAGGAGAAGGAGAAGGGCAGCUGGACCCAGCUGAGCCGCGCCGAGAAGGUGGCCUUGUACCGGCUCCAGUUCCAUGACACCUUCGCGGAGAUGAACCGUCACUCCAACGAGUGGAAGACAGUGAUGGGGUGUGUCUUCUUCUUCUUUGGAUUCACAGGUCUGCUGAUUUGGUGGCAGCGGGUCUAUGUGUUCCCUAAGAAGCCCAUCACCCUGACGGAUGAGUGGAAGGCCCAGCAGCUCCAGCGCAUCCUGGACAUGAAGGGCAACCCUGUGCAAGGCCUGGCCUCCCAGUGGGACUAUGAGAGGAAGGAGUGGAAGAAGUGAAGUGACAUCCCAGCUGCUCUCGCUGCAGCUCCACUCUGGCCUGGAGCCUAUGAAGCCUCCUCCCCUCCACUUAAUCCCAAUAAAACUGGCUGCUCUCAUCUGC